CUCCGAUUUUUUUUUAUGAUGAUAGGCUGGGGGGUGGUCGAUACGCCGUGAUGCGCCGGUUGAUUGGUGGGGCGGACAGACAGACAUCUAGAUGGUCGGUCGUGUCGGUCGCCACACACAAGGGUUGGCUGGACGAUACUUCUGGUCUGCGCUGCAUCCAUUGACUCAACUCGGUCGCUAUCACGGACGUGGAGAUUGCUUGCUGCGACUUAUCGGUAUCGCUGGGAUUUCAGUGACUGACGGAAUAAAUUAUAGGAGUCUACUCUCCACCUGGUCCUCCGUCUCCGUGGUGGUAUCAUCGAGCCCUCCCUCAAGGCUCUUGCCUCCAAGUACAACUGCGAGAAGUCCAUCUGCCGCAAGUGCUACGCCCGUCUUCCCCCUCGUGCCACCAACUGCCGCAAGAAGAAGUGCGGACACACCAACCAGCUCCGCCCCAAGAAGAAGCUCAAGUGAACGAUUCUGAUCAUCUUGUUACGGUUUUUCCGCGUUGCUGGGGAAAAGAGCUUGCUGGGGUUACGAAACGAUUGCAACGUGGGAGGUUUUCAAACAACAAACGGCGUUGGAAUGAUGAAUCAAUUAUAGCCGAAGUCACAACCAUGUUCUUCCUAGUUGGCUCCUCGGGCGCAGUUGCAAUCCAAACACAAUUGUAAAAUUCAAAAAAUCCUUUCGUCGCAUUCUUUGGAGUAGAUACACACACAUACAGAU